CCCCAUCAACAUCCCCCCACCGGACCCGGUAAGUAUCACAGGACUUCACUCGAUAUGUCUCAACUAUGCACAGCAGUUGACCCGGAGAGAAACCAAACAUGGUUCGUUGCCAUUUCGAGACCCAUUGGGUCUUUACAACGGAAGUUUUAAUUCGGUUAGCCGCGUAUCUUCAAACUCCGAGGUUCCAGCUAUAUCACCAGUGGUCAGAUUCUAGCAUCAACAACAUGAUAAUCACCUUCUCACAAUCGCCCCAUUGGCUUCCACAGUCACGAACAGUUCAGUGCCGUAUCUAACGUCCCUCUUACCAAAAAUAUACUAUCCGUUACCUCGCCUUUUCCGGCUUGUGUCUAUUGCCGCUCUCACAUCCUAUUUCUCGCCCAUAUCAGCAUCUCCGCCCAGUCUUCUGUCGGAACAGAGCAUACUCAUCAUGGCUAAGUCUCAGCUUACUCCUGUACACUUCUUCUCCCAUGGUUCCACUAUGAUGUUGGGCGAGGAGUCGGCGUCGGCCACCUACUGGAAGCAAUGCGGCGACGAAGCCCUUGCAAACAAAGUCGAGCAUGUUGUCAUGAUGGGUGCACACUGGGCUACCUCCGGCGACGAAAUAGAAGUCGCCGCUAAACCCACGCCGGCCAAAUCCCCCGUUGCCUAUGUUGACCCUGCAAAAUACAUGGACUACGAGCUAGUCCCUGAUCUCCCUAUGGCUAGUCGAUGUGUCGAUCUACUGAAAACUAGUGGGCUGAAGGCCAAACUCAACGACAAGUUUGACUGGAUUCAUGAUACCUAUCUCAUCCUUAUCCGCAUGUUCCCUGGUGGUUCUCCGCCCACGACAAUUAUCAGUAUGAACGCCCGCUACGAUCCUCACUACCACGUGAAGGUGGGCUCAGCACUGCGUCCGCUGAGGAAAGAGAAUGUUCUUUUUAUUGGCACCGGAGGUGCCGUUCACAACUUGUACCGGAAUAACUGGUUCCAAAUGUUGCAAUUCCGCGAUAACUUUGCCUUGGAAACACCGCCCGACCGCGAAAUGCUGGAUUUCCGCCAGGAAUUCGAAGACGCCAUCACCAAGAAAUCGGGCCCUGAGCUUCGUCGCGCUAUGACUAUGCUGAUGAAGGUCCCAAAGUACCGCGAUGCACAUGGAACCGAUGAUCAUUUCAUGGCGGCUAUGUUUGUUGCUGGCUUGUGUGGAUCUUUUGAAGAUAUUGGCUUGUCCGCGACUGUGGGGGCUGAGGACUGGGAGUUGCGGAAUAUGUGCAAUAGUCAGUUUACAUUAGGAAAGUGGCCCACGGGCGGUGCAAAGAGUUGA